AUGUCUAGAAUUCAAUCCCCUGCGUUCGGUAACUGGUUUCGGUUCGCGGUUGGGGAUGAGGCUAUGUUGAGUGGGAUUCUUUAUGCGGGGGCGUUGUAUGCGGGGAUGAAGAGGGAGAUCUUGUGGUAUUAUGGGGAGACGGUUAGGAUUGUUGGGGGGAGGUUGAAGGAAGAGCUGGAAAGAGUGGGGAAUGAAGGGGAGAUGGGUGAGGGUGGUGAUGAGGGGACUGGGGCUGUGAGUUGUUUGGCGGUUGGGGAGGUAAGUUUAUUUUGAUGCGGGAGCAACAUAAGACUCGAGAAAUGAAGAUUUAUAGAUGAGGCUAAUGACGAUUAGGCGAUGGCUGGACGACAGGAGUUGUGGAGAAUUCAUAUGGAAGGCAUCAAAAACAUGUUGAAAGUGCGAAAAUCGAAUAAACCACUACCGGGGAUGGUAGAAGCUAAAAUUCGGCGGUAAGACUGUCAGCACUUUUUCGUCCAUAUCAUCCUUCACCAAUAUCGAUUGUCAUCGACUAACAUUCCCACCAGUGCCGACAUAACAGGAGCAACAACCUACGCUACACACCCCUCCCUCUCCUACACACCAUCUCCCAACCCCCCAAUAUGGACUAUCCUCCCACCCGCCCUUCGUCUCUCCCUACUCCUAGAUUCUAAAUCUUUCUUUGAGAAAACCUCAAUCUCUCCUCCCCUUAUCCCAGUUCUCACCAAUCUCAUCCUCUUCACCAAAACAAUUUCCCUUGCUUCCAAAACGAAGACAAAACUGGACCCAGAUACUUUUACAGAUAAUCUAUGGGCUUUAGAGUACCAACUGACAAGCAGCAGGGAAGGCGAAAGGGCGAUUGAGAAGGGAAUGAGAUUCGCUUGUUUGCUUUACUUGAAAGCUGUUUUGGGGGAUAGUGAUUCGGGGUCUAGGGCGAUGCUUGAGGGGAUGAGAGAUUCUUUAUGUGGAAGGGAUGUAGGGAUGGGGGUGUCGGCGCAGAAGAUGGAGGUUUGGGUUUGGAUUGCGGGUGUUGGGGCGUGUUUUUCAAGGGCCGGGAGUUUGAUUAGGGGGUCUUUUGUUGGGGUUUUGGAGGGUGUGGGUGCGGGUGAAGUUUUAAGUGGAGGGGAAAUUGUGAAGCUGUUGAAUUUGAGUGAAGUUUUCGGGGGUGGUUUGGAGAGGUUGGUUGAGGCGGUUCGUUCUUGAGUUGGGAGGGGUCAUCACAGAGCAUUGAUGGAAUCAUGGGAAAGGUUUUAGGUACUGUGUUUGGAUUUAUUGAGUGUCAAUUUUCUCUAAUCAAUCUAGUAAUAGGAGGAACUAAAAGUCUGAGAAGGCCAGUGGGCCAGCUGGCUGGGGGCGGUACAGUGAAAUGUAGAGCCUGAUGGAAGAUUGCAAAGAUCGAGAUACCAGGGUUGUUGUGGAAAUGGAAGAAUCGAAACGGUGGUUGUUCUUUCCAGAAUAAAUAACCAAAGGAUUGAUAUAGUUUGGACUACUGAUCUGAGAUAGAGAACAUAGUUCUAAGCUGGAUUCGUAAUAGUGUCAUAUUGGAGGUUAACAAUGACAUUCCAAUGCUGUCAUGAGUCAGUGAAAUAAUUUCAUUAUUGGGUAGCAGGUGC